UUUGGCAGAGUUCUUCAGCAAGCCAAGGAUUUUUCAGAGGACCUUUGCAACCAGAACGCAGGACUUUUCAGGGGUCAGUGAAGACGAGAUGCCAUCAAGAGCCCUGAGCCACCCACAAAGAAGUGAGCCUGGCCCAGAGGGUGACCUGAUUGUGAGAGAGAGACCAGGGCCCAAAUAUGUGCAUGCUCAAGUGCAGACGAGAAGAGACGAAAUCAGUGGUGGUGAUGCUUCAAUGUUCAUUAAAAAAGAAACUCCAGAAACUUCCAGCUCAUUCUUAGCAAGCGUUUCAGCUGUGCCCAGAGGCCACGAGGCAGGGACCGAAACUAGCCAGGCACCUGACACCACAGGUACCUUGAAUAAGAGAAGCUCUUCAGCUGUGGAUGCCCUCAGAGAGAGAAGGCAAAGAACAGUUGACACUGGGUCUUUGAAAAGAGAAAGAAGAAAAAAAGGCUCAAGAAUUUCCAAAAAACUCAAAAGACUAUUACAAGGCCCUGAAAUUCCCGUGACCUGUGGGGAAGCCAAGGGGAUUUUAAAUAGGAACAAAAUGGAGCAAGGGGUGUUGGUGAAGUGUGUCCAGAGUGAGGAGGACAAAAGCAGUUGGCUCACCCUCAGGGAAUUCGAAAUUAAAGGAAAACGGGAAGGAUCCAAGAACUGGCGGCUGACCGUGCGCUGCUUCAACUGGACACUGGGACACCUGAUCAAGAAAAAGUUGCUACCAAACCCACCAAGAAAAAGAAAACAGCUCCAGUGAAGUAAGAAUGGAGUACAAGUGGCCCCACAGAGGAUCUGAACAGACACUUCUCCACAGAAGACAGGCACAUGCCAACAGACUCACAGAAAGAGGCUCUUCGUCUCUUCUGACUAGAAACAUGCAAAUCGAGCGAUAAUGAGCUAUCCCCUCACACCUGUGAAAAUGGCAAAAGACACCCAAUCUUAUUCUGGUAUCCAAGAGCAAAGGAACAAAUGUUGAAGACAAUACUGUUGGGAAUGUAAAUUGGUGCAUUCCACCAAGGAAAGCAGAAUGGGGUACCACCAAAAUUAAAAAUAUAGA